AAUGUCUGAUGAGUUGGAAGAGAACAAAGAUCUCAGCUUUUUAUCUACCCCUCUACUGAAUAGCACCAUCGCUUCAAAUGAUGGAGAAAGUCACAAUGGAGACAACCUUAAUUCAUCAAUGACACACCAAUACAUAACAGAGCGUCUUAUCAAGAAGAUAACUCGCCAAGAUAACUUAUGGAUGAUAAAAAAGUUGGAUCUAACUUUGAGUGAAAAAGGAAGUUACAUCAAAAAAAUAAAGCGCAUCGAGAACCUUGACGGACUGGUGCAACUUGAACAGCUGUCUCUAAGUCACAAUGUCAUUGAGAAGAUUGAGAAUGUCAGUCACCUAAAAUGUCUUCGUGUUCUCAAUCUGAGUUACAACUCGAUUCAGAAGAUCGAAAGCAUAUCAUCUCUCACGAACCUAGAAACCCUGAACCUGAGUCACAACAACAUCUCCCAACUGCCGUACAGACUCUUCAAACAACUCCAGCGUAUCAAGAAGCUAGAUGUUUCUCACAAUGACAUCGCUGAGUUUUCAACCCAGAUCAAGCAGAUUCGAGACCUGAGGCUGCUUGGAAACCUGCAGGACUUCAGCUUUAACGACAACCCCGUUCUAACAGAAAAUCCGCACGCAAUGGACACAGCGGUUUUUUAUCUGCGCCAUCUCCAGCUGUUGAACGGGUCCCCGGUUACAGCCGACAUGCGAGCAGCUGCAGAUAACCGCUAUCAACAGGAUGAAGUCAAUGCACUUCAAGACGUAAUACUGGGCAAAACAAGAAUGAUUGAUGCCGUCUCGAAAGAACGAGAAGAAGUGGUGAAAGCUUUGGAAGAAAAGAAUAGUAUCGAACAGAAGCUGAGAAGAUCUGGCAACACCAGCAUGCUUAGGAUCUCAGGGUUGGAGGAAGAACUGUCAAACACCAAGAAGAUCCUGGAACAGCGCACUAACGAGCUAACAGCAGCUUGCUUCAAGCACUACGCACUGGAACAGGAACUGUCCAUGUACAAGGUGGACGCUAGGUUCAGAGAUAUUGGUCUUCCCCCAGAUGUUAUGGAUACUGCACUGAAUGAGUACGUAGAGGAAAGUGGCUACGUCAGUAAAGCUCCUCUUUAUCCUGUGCAAUACGACAUGAGGAUACCGGGACACAGCGAGAAUAUAGAGCAUUACAAGGAUAAUGACUACACAGAACCAAUACCUGAUGAUGGGAGGACAGACUUGCUGGAACAGCAGAUUAGAGAUAAAGAGCGGGAUAAACGCAAAUUGGAGAAGAGGUUAGCAGAAUUGGAAAAAGAGCUGCAAGACAAGCAGCAGAGUCUUGAUGAAACACAGAAACGUUUAGAUGAAAUUGAGAAACAGCUGGCUGAAGAAAAGAAAUUGAGAGACGAGAUGGAUAUAGAAAUGGAACUAAAGAACGAGGAGUUGGAGCACUUGAGAGAUGUUGAGAAACGACUCAAGGAUGCAGAGGCAGAGGUGGAUGAUUUGCACGCCUCAUUGAAUAGUAAAGCUAGAGACGUCAAGGAUCUCAGAAACGCUCUGACGAUGACCAACGCUACUGGCAUGGAGCUGGAGCAUAUGAAAGCACGUCUGAAGAAGAAGGAAGAAGAGUUGGAGAAGGAGAGAGCAGCUCACGAAGAGGCACGGCGAGGGUUCCAAGAGAAACAGCGCGAACUACAGCGCAGAGCGUCCCAACUGAGCAAAUCUGCCAGUGAAGCGGACAUGUUACGAGCAGAACGGGAUGCUCUGCUCGACAAGUUGGAUGAUCUGCAGGGACAGCUCCGUGAAGGGGACGAGGAGCGGGCCGACUUGGAGGGGGAGCUGGACAGGGUGAAGAGGGAUCAGAACAAGUUGAGACGGGAUGCUAGCUUCGUUCAUAAGAUGUUUGAGGACAAAGAGACGGAGACUGAGGUGCUGGUAGGAGAGCUGGACAGGACUAGGGAUGUUGUCAACGCUCUCCAGGACGAAAAUAGAGAACUCAAAGAUCAAGCGAUACAGGCACUAUCCGAAAGUCUUCGCCCAGAAAACGAGAUAUUACACCGCACUCUUGAUGAGCUUGAGAAAGCUCAGGCAGAGAAUGCACGACUCAUGAGAGAGCGCAGAGGAUCCUCCCCAAACCUGGCUCGAGAAGCUCUCAGACUCAGCAGAGACAGGGUUGCAGAUCUCGAGGACGAGAAUGCAGAAUUACGUGACAUAUUGAGGGGAACACACGGGAACACACUGGAUCCAGAGGAUCUGGCCCGCAGAGUGCUAGGAUUCCUAGAGGGUAGACUUCCUAAAUAUACUGAUUCUCAACCUGUCAAAGAGAGUCUAGAUCUUCUUCCUAUCAUCAAAUUGUUGUUAGAGGAAAGAGAUAAGAGGAGGGAGCCGGUAAUCAACAAUCAGAACCCACAGUAUUCUCAGGACCUUAUCAGACUGUUAGAGGACCUGAUCAAGGACAGGACCAGACAGUCUCCCCAACCUCAGCAACUGCCCAUCAUCAACGUUAACGUGCCUGAACAGAGUUCACCGAGGCGAAGUGCUGACGACACAAUACUAAGUGAGAGGUACCUGAGAGCCAGCAGUCCUCUGAGAGCCUCCACUCCUGGUCCCACUAAAGUGUACAUUCGAGAAGAAGUGGAGUACGAUCCAGAAGUUAUUCAUCUCAUCUCCCGUCGCGCUCAGACGGACAGACAAACAGAUGGACAAAAUGAGACAAUAAAUAUUAAUAUCAAAGAAAAGAAAAAUAAGCGGAAGCGAGUUGUCAUAACUAAUGAUUCGGAGAGUAGUGUGGAUGAUGUUCCUGAUGUUCUUGUGCUGGACAAGCGAAGGGACAAAGCUACCAAUACUAACGUUCAUGUUCUUGCUGAGGAGAUGCUUAACAAAUUUGAAAAGUCCACCCAAAUGAGGGACGAUAGGGAAAGAGAAGAAGAGAAACGGAGAAGGAGAAGGUGAAAAUAGACAGACUUAUCGACGAAGUGGCGUCAAUAAGACAGGGUAUAAGAGAAGCAGCUACCCAGACUACCGAUGUGGUGCUGGACUCUGUUCAGAGGAA